AUGGACUACCUUUCGAACAAUCAUUCCUACAUACAAUCUCGGCAGUUUCCGCCCAGCUCGUUUCGCGAUCACCCACUCUCGUUUUCUUCGUCCCAGCUCGCCAACGUUAGCCGACACGGAUCCUUCAUUGAUGAAGAGCUGAAAAAAGGCCCGGAUAUAGUCGAAAACAUUCAAAUGCUGCUGGGUGCCGGUCUGGACCUGGGCACGGUCCUCAGGCUCCGGCAAAACAACUAUCGAAACGCCUUGAAUAUGCUAGCCGAUGCAGAAGACGACGACCUUUAUACGGCCUUCAAAUUCAUGAAUUUUGCCCAGCCUCAACCUCUUCCGCAGCAUAUAAGAGCAAGACUAUCACAGCAAUCAUAUACCUACCCUCAGUCCCGAGUGCCCAGCCUCAUCUCCGAUCGGUCCAGUCUCAGGUUGUCUGGAAAUCUCGGUACUCCAGUUCAUGACGAUCCCACAUCUGGUCUUGGAUAUGCCAGUGAUAUCUCACCGAUGUCAUCACAGUGGCCCUUGCCAGAUGAAAGGUUCCGGGCGCCUGUCGGUUGUGAUCAGGACACGACCAUGGACUAUCUGGCAACCGGGGAGGAACAUCAGCAAGUCUGCGCACCAGAUCUGCAGAACACAGAAGAUGUGACUGCAUACUCGCAGCUGCAGCAAGCCAAGCGUGGCGUCCCACCUGCCAUACCGGGCGCAAAUGAUUUGCCUCUCCUAGCCAGCGUUGUGGAUGGGACUGUUGCUCCGAGUGGAGGCGAUGGAGGGCUUUCGUUCAUGGCUACUAUGAUUCGACCACCCUUCGUCGCCGAGCAGGAUUCAUUGCGGGACCGGAAUCGGAUGCAAAAGUCUAGAUUUCCAUGCCCAGUAGAAGACUGUCGGAAAGAUUUUACUAGCCCAAAGGAAUUUGCCGAACACCUGAUUGGAGAUCACGACAAGGAUUCCACUUUCAGCUGCAUGCACCCUAGCUGUAAUCUUCAGUCGCAUCGCCUUCGGACCUACAAGAGACACCACAGUUCCAACCACAGUGAAUGCCAGAUGACUGAGGAGUGCAUACAGGUAGACCGCCGAAGAGUAAAGAAGCAUUGGGCUUGCGGUCUGUGCCUCAACUUGGACGUCGACGUGCAAGAUUUUGCCAACCACUACAAGAGCCAUUUCGAGGACGACGAUGUCCAGAAGAGCGACAUCCGUUCCUCUAACAUCAUUCGUAGCUUGCUGAUGCAAGAUGCUACCAAAGCCAAGUGGGAGGAGCUCGGCUUUGACCUCCCCUUUCCAGGCGGCCACUAUCUACUUUCUUGGGACGGGAAAGACAUCGCAGAAAUCCGCGAAGCGCUCGAGUACGAGACCUUCAGAAAUUUGUCCCUCGACAAUCCUUAUGUCGUCGACGACCUUCUUGACGAAGUGUUCAAAUGCGGGACACGCCGCUGA